AAGCCAAUCAGUGUCUCUUCUGCCGCUCGGUGCCCGCCCCCGGCUUAAAGUGGGUGAAAUACAGAAAGCGGCAGGGACCAAACUGUAUGAGAGGCUGAAAAGUGCGAUUGAUUGGGGAGAGAUGAGCCGCUCGGGCCUGUGUGACUGGAGAUGAGAAUGGUGAGGAAAGGAAACACUCCCAGCGCAUCCAGAUCUCCUGCCUCUCGGCUGUGAAAGACCCUUCUGUUCCCCCCGUUGCUGCAUCACCGGCUCAGUCUCAGACAAGAUGAAGACUUUCUCGGAGUCGCACAAGACGGUGUUUGUGGUGGAUCACUGCCCCUAUAUGUCGGAGUCGUGUCGGCAGCACGUGGAGUUUGAUAUGCUCACCAAGAACCGCACUCAGGGGAUCAUCCCUCUGGCCCCAAUAUCCAAAUCCCUGUGGACGUGUGCGGUCGAAGCUUCCAUGGAAUAUUGUAGGAUCAUGUACGAUAUAUUUCCCUUCAGAAAACUGGUGAACUUCAUUGUCAGUGACUCCAGGUCUCGCACGUUGAAUUCCUGGAAUCGGGAAGACCAGAAUUUGCAGGAGCUAAUGGCGGCUUUAGCCGUGAUCGGACCCCCCAAUCCCCGUGCGGAUCCGGAGUGCUGCAGUAUUCUGCAUGGUCUAGUGGAGGCGGUGGAAUCCCUGUGUAAAAUAACGGAUUUUCAGCACGAGUCCAGGACUGCUCUGAUGGGCAACGCAGAUUGGGUGGCAAACAGAGGCCGUAUUAUCUGCAUCACCAACGCCAAAAGUGACAGCCACGUGCAGAUGCUGGAGGACUGCGUCAAUGAGACCAUUCACGAACAUAACAAAAUGGCUGCCGGCUCUGAUCAUCUGAUGCAAAUACAGAAAUGUCACCUGGUGCUGCUCCACACAUACCCGGUGGGAGAAGACAGUCUGGUGUCUGAUCGGCCCAAGAAGGAGCUCUCCAACGUGUUGGUCAGUGAGGUGCACAGCGUCAAAGCCGGCCGCCAUCUUUCCACCAAACUCAACCAGUUGGUCCAGCUGCACUUUGAUUUGGCUUCUACCACCAUCACCAACAUUCCCAUGAAGGAAGAGCAACAUGCGAACACUUCGGCUAACUACGACGUGGAGCUCCUGCAUCACAAGGAGGCGCAUGUGGACUUCAUUAAAAGCGGGGAGGGCUACACAGGCAGCAGCAGCAUCAGAGAGAACUCCCUUAAAGAGACGGUGACGCUGAAGUGGUGCACCCCCAGGACUAACAGCGUGGAGCUGCACUAUUGCACAGGAGCCUUCCGAAUCUCUCCGGUGGAUGUCAAUAGCCGACCCUCCUCAUGCCUCACCAACUUUCUCUUGAACGGUCGGUCUGUGCUGCUGGAACAGCCGCGGAAGUCUGGCUCCAAAGUGAUCAGUCACAUGCUCAGCAGCCACGGGGGCGAGAUCUUCCUGCACGUGCUCAGUAGUUCCCGCUCCAUUCUAGAGGACCCUCCAUCGAUCAGCGAAGGCUGCGGGGGCCGAGUGACGGAUUACAGGAUCACGGACUUUGGGGAGUUCAUGAGGGAGAACAGACUGAUGCCGUUUCCAGAGCAGAGCUAUCAGAUGGACGGGGGCCCCGAGGUGCCGUUGGAGAGGGCCAAGGAGCAGCUGGAGAGACACACUCGCUAUUGGCCGAUGAUCAUAUCACAGACGACCAUAUUUAACAUGCAGGCGGUGGUGCCGCUGGCCAGUGUUAUAGUGAAGGAGUCUCUGAGUGAGGAGGACUUGCUGAACUGCCAGAAAACCAUUUAUAACCUGGUGGAUAUGGAACGAAAAAACGACCCCCUUCCCAUCUCCACAGCUGGAACCAGAGGGAAAGGCCCAAAGAGGGAUGAGCAGUAUCGCAUCAUGUGGAACGAGCUGGAAACGCUGGUUCGGGCGCAUGUGAGUGGGUCUGAGCGGCACCAGCGGGUGAUGGAGUGUCUCAUGGCGUGCAGGAGUAAACCCCCCGAGGAAGAGGAGCGCAAGAAACGAGGAAGGAAAAGAGAGGACAAGGAGGAGAAAGGGGAGAAGCUCAACAAGGACCAUGAACAUGACAAAAAGGGGCAGGAAUCAGAGCGGAUCAAAUCUGUCUUGGACCGAGAGAAAGAGGAUUUAGCUGAGGCCGAGGUGAUCAAAGACUCCCCAGAUUCCCCCGAGCCCCCCAACAAGAAGCCGCACAUUGUGAUUGAGGACACGGGUCCUGCAGAGAAAUCUAAAGGCCCCAUGUCCUUGUUGUCUUUAUGGAGCUCGCGGAUCAACACGGCCAAUUCGAGGAAACACCAGGAGUUCGUCGGGCGCCUGAACUCUGUAAAUAACAAGGCUGAGUUAUAUCAGCAUCUCAAGGAGGAGAAUGGGGGGGAGGGCGUGGAGAACGGCAAGGCGAGUCGCCAGUGAUGCGUCGGUGGGAUCCAUUGGGUUCUGGACAUUUCAAUGAAUUCACGAAUAUUCAGGACACAUUGUAGAGAAAUAUCUUUUUCUUUUUUCUUUUUUUAUAUAGAAUCUUGUUCAGACCCACGAGCUGCUCUGUGUGGGCCACGGAGAGGUUCUGUCGGUGAUGAAUGAAUGAAAUUUUAAUACAGUAACUUCCUUCCACUUUCCUGUGUUUGUCACUUUGUUCUGUCGCUGGAGAUUAAAAAUGUUUCUUUGGUA